CUGAGCUCGAUGAGCUUCGCCGACAACUCAAGGAACUCAUAGAGAAGGGUUGGAUCUGGCCUAGUGUCUCCCCUUUGUCUCCCCUUAUUGGUCUCCCGUCUUGUUUGUACCAAAAAAGGGGGGGACGUUGAGGAUGUGCAUUGACUAUUGGGGCCUUAAUGCCAUCACUGUCAAGAACGCAGAGCCCCUACCGCGCAUCGACGACUUGUUGGACCGAGUGCACGGGUGUCGGUACUUCAGUAAGAUGGAUCUGAAGUCCGGGUACCAUCAUAUUGCAAUACGGCCUGAGGAUCAACACAAAACCGCUUUUCAAACCAGGUACGGUCUGUACGAGUUUGUGGUGAUGCCUUCCGACCUUUGCAAUGCUCCUGGCACCUUUCAGCACGCCAUGAACCGGAUCUUUCAUGACUACCUGGACAAGUUUGUCAUCGUGUACCUCAAUGACAUACUUACCUUCAGUAGGACAGUCGUGGAGCACGUUGGCCAUUUAGAUAAAGUCCUUAGCCUCCUUCGACAGUACCAGUUCAAGAUCAACCGGGAGAAGUGUGAGUUUGGCCGCACCCGGAUCUUGUAUCUGGGUCAUGAGAUUUUGGCCGAGGGAUUGAAGCCCGAUGACGCGAAGGUGGCCACCAUUCGUGACUGGCCGCGUCCUCAGUCUGUGACUGAGACGAGGUCCUUCCUCGGGAUGACCGACUACUACUGCAAUUUUGUCAAGAACUAUAGCAUAGUGGCCGCCCCUUUGACGGACCUAACACGCCUCGACACCCAGUGGGAGUGGACAGACAGGUGUGAGGCUGCCUUCCGACACCUGAAGCAUGCUCUGAUACACCAUGAGGUCUUGAAACUUCCUGAUCCUAACAAACCUUUCGUAGUAACCACGGAUGCCAACCAAUAUGGAAUUGGUGUCGUGCUUGCGCAGCAGGAGGGGAAAAAGUUAAGGCAUGUAGAGUACAUGUCCAAAAAGAUGCCCUCUCAAAAGUUGCCUAAGUCCACCUAUGAGAAGGAGUUCAAGGAACUCUAUGCGAUCUAUAAAGCGUUGACUCAUUGGAGGCAUUACCUCCUUGGGACAUUCUUCUACGUCAGGACUGAUCAUCAGACCCUGAGGUGAUGAAGACACAGCAUGUACUCUCCGAUGCUUUGAAACG